AUGGGAGAUUUUAAUGCUAUUUCAUCCCAGAAUGAAAAAUCAGGAGGCAAUUUCAAACCCCAAUCAGUGAUUGAUGCUUUUAAUUCCUUCAUAGAUGCUCAUUCUCUUGCUAAUUUAGGUAUGGUGGGUAGGCCUUUUACCUGGACUAACAGGCGUAGAGGAGAGGCUCUCAUUCAGGAAAGAUUAGACCGUAUAAGCAACACAAACUCCAAAAGACGAAUUGAACAAAUCCAGGGUCAGAUUGAAGCUCUUCGAAUAGAGGGUACAUUCGGGGGACAAGAAUUAAUUGAAUUAGAAAGGCAGCUAGAAAUAGCAUUUCAUGAUGAGGAAAUGUAUUGGAAAGCCAAGUCUAGGAUCAAAUGGUUACAAGCAGGGGAUCAGAACACGCAAUUUUUCCAUCAAAAAUUCAGAAAUAGAACCAGGAGGAACAAGAUCUGGAAACUAGAAGGAGAUAAUGGUGAAGUUGCAACCACUAAUGCAGGAAUAGCCGAGGUGGCAGAAAGUUAUUUCAGGGGCCUAUUUACUUCUAAAUGCCAAGCCAAUCCUGAACCAUAUUUUACAGACUUCGAGCCGAAGGUUACAACUUCCAUGAAUCGUCGGCUUCGAAGACCGAUCACUAUAGAGGAGGUCAGGAGAGCUACAUUCAGCAUCCACCCUCAGAGUGCGCCUGGUGAAGACGGUAUGACGGCUAAAUUUUUUCAGAAUUUCUGGAACAUUGUUAAUGGAAAUGUCUUUAGAGCGAUUCGAAGUUUUUUUAUAAGUGGAAGAAUUCUAAAAAGCCUUAAUCACACUCAAAUCUGUUUGAUCCCAAAGGUUCCAGAUGCCAAUACUAUGAAUCAGGUGCAACCGAUAAGUCUUUCUUCAGUUAUCUCUAAAGUCAUGGUGCAUAGACUUCAAGGAAUGAUGCCUAAACUAAUAAGUCUUAACCAGGGUGCUUUUAUUAAAAGUCGACUUAUAUCCGAUAAUAUUCUCAUUGCCCAUGAAUACAUGCACUAUCUGAAACUAAGCGACAGGAGAUUCAGCGGACAACAAGUUAAUUUGGCCAAGUCGGCAAUAUUUUUUAGUAACAACACCCCGACCUCAGUUCGAACUCAAUUGGCAGAGGCAUUGAACAUUAACCACAUCGAGGCUCAGGACAAGUACCUUGAUUUACCCUCUAUUGUGUCUAAAUCUAAAAAGGCAACAUUCAGUUUCGUUAAAGAAAAAGUUCGAAACAAGGUUCAAGGGUGGAAGCGCAGCCUCCUCUCGGCAGGGGGAAGACAAGUCCUUCUAAAGGCGGUGGGCGAAGCCAUUUCAAUCUAUACUCUAUCCUGCUUCAGACUUCCAGAUAGCCUGAUCUCAGAUAUUCACAGCAUUCUCACACAGUUUUGGUGGGGACAAAAAGGGAGUCAAAGACGAAUGGCUUGGAUAAGCUGGAAUACGAUGACCAGACCGAAGAAGGAAGGAGGACUGGGUUUUAAAGACCUUAAAGCACAAAAUCUAGCCUUACUAGGAAAGCAUUUCUGGAGGAUCCUAACACAACCUAAUUCUCUUGUAACCAAAAUACUCAAAGGAAAGUACCACAAAUAUACAGAUGCACUAAAGGCAGAGAUAGGAAGCUCACCUUCAUGGGGCUGGAGAAGCCUUUUAGAGAGGCGCUCUGUAGUUGAAAAAGGGAUAACUUGGCGAAUUGGCUCAGCAUCUCAACUGCACAUCUAUGAAGACCAUUGGCUUCCUCCUCCGUACCCCUUCACUAUCACACGCAGCCCGCACCACCCAAACCUGGGACAUGUUGCUUAUAAAAUACUGACUCUGAACAUUGAACCUGGAGCUGAUGAACUUCAGUGGGUACUGAACAAGGGUGGAACGUAUGACGCUGCAUCCGGCUAUUCGGUGGCAUACCAAUUCAAUCAUGAUCCAAUUGAGUUUUGUCCCCAAUUGAUGAGACAAAAGGAUGUAUGGGUCACAUUGUGGAAGCUGGCUCUCCCCCACAAAAUCAAGAUUUUUCUUUGGAAGAGCAUCCACCAAGGUCUCCCGGUCUGCCACCUCCUUCACCAUCGCUUCCCAUCAACAUCUGCAAUCUGCUCGUGUUGCUCAGAAGAAGAUGAAACAGUGCUCCAUUGCUUGGUGACAUGCAAAUAUGCUAAAGAAGUUUGGAAUCAAAGUCCACUCGCAUACCUGCUAGCAACAUCCCCUUCUAGUACCUCCACCCAAUGGUGGAUAUCAUCAAUGGAAGCCCUCAAAUCUAGCCCCAAUCGACAGACCCACUCCCAUUUUCUUGUUAUUCUUCUCUGGUUUUUGUGGAAGGAACGAAACUCAUGGAUUUUUGAACACAAACAGAGAUCUCCCGUUGAAGUCCUCUCUUCAGCCUGCAAGCACCAUGAUGAACUCCUGCGACUUUCAAGCUCCCUUCUUACCUAA